GUUUUCCCAUGGUGCCACGUACCUUCCUUCCACACCAACGAGACACGACCCGACAAGGCCUUGCUUCCCUUUUCUUCGACAGUAAGAUAACCCCCAAUAAAAACCCUAAUUUUCCUGAUUCCACCAACGAGUAUCAAUCAAUUCUAUCCAAGUUAAGUAUCUGAAUUUUCACAUUUCUGAUCAGCUAGCCAUGUCAAACUCAAAGAACUCCCUCUACCCACAAGUAGACCAAUCCAACCCAGAAGCCAUUUCCUCUUCUACAACACCACCACCCUCCAUCUACCCAUCCGUCGACAUGAAAGACCUCGCUGAGAAUCUCUUCCCGGACAACGAAGACCCACAAAACCCUGACAACUCACAAUCCCAACCUCCCCCCGCAUUCGAAUCCUCCGAGGAAAUCCUCAUCACGGUCCCCGGCACCGUCGUCCACCUCAUCGACAAGCAACGGAGCGUCGAACUGGCCUCCGGCGAACUCUCCGUCGUCCGCCUCCGCCAGGGCGAGAACGUCGUCGCGGUGUUCGCGCGCGUCGGGGAGGAAAUCCAGUGGCCGCUGGCCAAGGACGAGGCCUCCGUUAAGCUCGACGAGUCGCAUUAUUUCUUCACUCUUCGGGUCCCGCCCGACGUCAAAUCCGACGAGGACGAGGACGACGACGACGUCGUCGUUCAGGGGAGUUCCGAGACGGACGAGAAUUUGUUGAAUUAUGGAGUGACGAUCGCGUCGAAAGGGCAAGAGGGGUUGUUGGACGCUUUCGAUUCCAUUUUGGACCAUUACAGUUCGUUUUCCGUGCAGAAGGUGGCGGAGGCGGUUGACGGGGCGGUGGCGGCGAGGGAGACGACGCCGGAGGAGAUGGCGACGGAGGUGGAUAAGAGGGAGAAGGUGGAGGGGAGCGCGACGGCGUAUUGGACAACGUUGGCUCCGAAUGUGGAGGAUUAUAGUGGUGGUGUUGCGAAGAUGAUUGCGGCGGGUUCAGGACAUCUGAUUUGGGGGAUUUUGUGGUGUGGGGAUGUGACGGUGGAUAGGUUGAAGUGGGGACAUGAUUUCAUGAAGAAGAGGUUGGAACCGGGUUCCAAUGCGGAAAUUAGUCCCUUUGUCAAGAAGAGGAUAAGAAGGGUUAGAAGGAUGACAAAGAGGUCAGAGAAAGUAGUCACUGGAAUCCUUUCUGGGGUUUUGAAAGUUUCUGGAUUCUUCACAAGCUCAAUCGCGAAUUCAACAGUAGGCAAGAAAUUCUUCAGUCUCCUGCCUGGAGAAAUCGUUCUUGCGUCCUUGGAUGGAUUCAAUAAGGUUUUUGAUGCUGUUGAAGUCACUGGAAGAAAUGUAAUGUCAACCUCAUCAGUUGUGACUACAGGACUUGUUUCCCACAGGUAUGGAGAGCAGGCAGGCAAGGUAACCAAUGAAGGGCUUGAGGCUGCAGGGUAUGGUAUUGGGACUGCUUGGGCUGUGUGGAAGAUAAGAAAAGCGUUCAACCCAAAGAGUGUCAUCAAACCUACAACCAUUGCAAGAGCUGCUGCUAAAGAAAAUGCUGCCAAAUCGAAGACCAAGCUUAUAAAGUAAUCGCUAGAUAGAUUUUGGGAUGCGUUUGCGAACUUUUUCCUGGUUCUUGUACGAGUGUAAAGGCCAAAAUAUUUGUCUGCUGCAUGUCGUAGGAAUGAGUAGAAUUUGUCAAUGUCGUAGAAAUGAGUAAUUAUUGGUUUCUUAAUAUCCUUGUAACAUAUUUUGCAUAAAUCCAAUUUCAUUUCUGUGUGGUGUUCUGGUGAA